CCACUUCCUUCACCCAGUCAGACUGCACAGCUUCAUUCGUGUCGACUGCCCAGAGUCCACGAAUACAGCCCUGCACCUCUAACCACCACCACCACCACCACAAAUUCAACUUCAACCUGAUCACAUUUACAAAGCAAAGCAACACACCUACAGAUCAGCCGUAACUGCAGCUACAUUCCAGCAGCCAGUUCAGACAUGUCGCUCUACAGUUUGGGCCUGGAGCCACUCUCCUGCCACACCUGGAACAAAGAUAGGACCCAGAUUGCAGUGAGUCCUAACAACAAUGUGGUGAUCAUCUAUAAGAAGAAAGGCGCCGACUGGGUCAAGAUCCAUGAGCUGACUGAGCACAGUGGACGAAUCACAGGCAUUGACUGGGCCCCAGAGUCCAACCGUAUUGUAACAUGUGCCGCUGACCGCAACGCCUACGUGUGGACUCUGAAGGAUGACGUGUGGAAGCCCACCCUAGUCCUGGUGCGCAUCAACCGCGCAGCCACGUGUGUGAAGUGGUCACCGCUGGAGAACAAGUUCGCCUUGGGCAGCGGAGCUCGACUCAUCUCUGUUUGCUACUUUGAGAAGGAGAACGACUGGUGGCUGAGUAAGCACAUCAAGAAGGCCAUUCGCUCCACAGUCCUGAGUCUGGACUGGCAUCCCAACAAUAUCCUACUGGCAGCUGGGUCUGCAGAUCUCCAAUGCAGGAUUUUCUCAGCCUACAUCAAGGACAUCGAGGACAAGCCCGGACCCACCGCCUGGGGGGCCAAAAUGCCUUUUGGGGAGGUGCUGCUGGACCAUAAGGAGUGUGGAGGCUGGGUGCACAGUGUCUCCUUCUCCCCCAGUGGAGACCAGCUGGCCUGGGUGGCCCACAACAGCAGCAUCAGUGUGGCUGAUGCCACCCAGGGGAAGGAGGUAACCCAGCUGACCACCAACCGUCUGCCACUUCUGAGUGUGCUCUAUGUCAGCCCCACUGAGCUUGUUGCUGCGGGUCAUGACUGUUGCCCCUUCCAGUUCACCUAUAAGGGUCCCGGCGCUCUGGAGUUUGUGAAGAAGCUGGACAUCCCCAAGCAGACCUCCAAGGGCACCAUGUCAGCCAUGCAACACUUCCAGAACCUGGACAAGAGGGCCACUGACGACGAUGACAACGAGCUGGGCACCCGUCACCAGAACAGCAUCACGCAACUGUGUGUUAUGUCUGGGGAGAAAGACAAAGUGACCAAUUACAGCAGUGUGGGUCUGGAUGGAGCCAUGGUGAUCUGGGAAUUUAAGCAUUGAGACGCCACAGACUGUCAGUCCGCGAGGUGUCGGAGGCCGAAGCGACCAUCACACCUUUAUUUCAAAUACUCAAAAACUGCCGCCAUGGAGCUGCUGAUGUGCUUUUGAGCGACUGGAAAACGAUGUGAGCACAUGUGCUCUGUGAUAUUUGUCAAUGAAAAACGUUUUGAAUGAAUAAAAAAGGAUAUUUACAGGCCAGACAA